AUGACUCUAUCAGAUAAUGUUUUCAGAAAGUUUGGGUUAACUACUGAAAACCACACAAAGUUUAUUGUUUACGUUCCCGUAGUUGCCGUCCGAUGUGGGACAUUGUUGCACCCUAUGCUGGUGAAAGAUAUUUUUGCAUCAAGUUGCAACAACAUAAAGUUUAUCGUUUACGUUCCCUUAGUUGCUGUCCAAUGUAGGACGUUGUUGCAGCCUAUGCUGGACGUCGUUUGGAAAAGCAGUGUCGAAUUGAUCGACUACGCCGGAAAUGUCCUAGCCGCUUUCGGUAAAUCCAUGACACCUCAAGAGUUUGCACCCCGGCUUCACUGCUUCUUACGCUGCUACGCAACUUGUCUUACUUCACUGACGAGUUUGACCACUAAUUCAGUGAUCGCUUCCGUCCACUAUGACACACCUGUGGUCACCCACCACCGGGACUAUGUCCAGAUAUUUUGGCCAGGCAGCAGUAACAGAGAUACUUCAUGGAAUAGAUGUCGGACGAAGAAUCAUGAGCAUUUUUCCCAGCCCAUUAGGAGGUUAGUUAGUAAUUCCGUCAUCAUAAUAGUCAGUAGAGUUGUUUUCAGAUUUGAUGAUGACCAAUUCAUUGUAACAACAAGAUAUGCAAGCUUGUGCUGGAUCUGUCAUCAUAGCAACAGUAUCAGAAUCACCAAUUGGGCGGUACUAUUGCAGAAGACUUGGCACCUGACGACAUCCCCGAAUUUGACAUUUGUUUUGAAAGAUGACGUGGAAUCGAGUGCUGAACGAAAAAGAAGGAAUCGUUGCUUGAACGAAGAUCUCGUCGCUAUCAUGGUUAAUUAUGGUGUUGUGUUGCUGUUGGGCGUUGUAUCGUUGAUGUCGACCACGAGAGAAAAUCUUACAAAAGGAAAGAGAAAGGGCAACAGAAGUAAAUCGAGUGAGCAUCUCCGACACGGCAACAGCUGCAUUCUUCGUCGUAUUAUCAGGUCGCAAUUACGGUCUGGUUAACUAUGCUGUAAAAUGCUAUUGGUUGUUGUAUCGUCGAUGGCUGGCUGCACGGCUGGUGUACCGAUGUCUCCUGGAUGAGGCGGAUACCAAAUCGCAACACCGCCGCCUUACUACACAACAAUAUACGCAAAGACCAGUUACUACACCGAGGCUCCCAAGUGCUACACCACCAAGUCACCGAAGUACUACACGUAUGUUGCCCCAGCUUACUACACCGAGGUUCCCAAGUAUUACCUAGUUCCUAGCUACUACACCGAGGCUCCAUCUUAUGACACCACCAAAGCGGCUAAAUACUACACCGAGCCGCCCAAGUACUACACCAACAAGGCUCCAGAGUAUUACACCACAACUUGUGCUUCCCCGAGCCACUACACCGAAGCCCCGAAGUAUUACUCUGCCCCAAGCUACACAACUGCAACUGAGGCGGCCAAGUAUUACGCAGCCCCGACUAACUAACAGUGGCUGUUCCUUCGUACUACGUUGAACCGGAAUACUACACCGAGGCUCCAGUUUACUACACCACAACCUACGUUACACCUUCUACACACUACACCGAGGCCCAUAUGUACUACACUACUAAGGCACCUGAGUAUGAUAACACUACUUACGCUGCUCCGACCAACUACACCGAAGCUCCGAAGUAUUACUCUAUCCCGAGUUACUACACCAUUAAGGCACCUGAAUAUUACACCACACCCUACGCUUCUCCCACCUAUUACAGGGACUUUUCUAAAUCCUAGAGUCGAAUUUUGAAUUUCAGUAAUUAUGUUCAGAUUUUUCGGUCAUAUCUUAAUAAUUACUAGUCACUGGGAAUUGGGGAUCUUUCAAGAGAAAUAAUUUUUUUUUAACCUGGGU